UCGGCUUUCGCGAGGGGGCACGGCGCUGGCCGCGCUCCCCAGCUGCGCCGGCUCUCGCAUGCGGCGGCGGCAGCGGGCGGCCCCGGGGCAGGCAGCGCGCACAAAGCCCGGUAGCCGCCGCCUCCCGCCUCGCCGGGCACCGCGCACCGGCCGGGGCUCCCGGGGGGCCCAGCCGAGCGGGGCCCCGCAGCCCCCCCGCCCCGCUGCCGGGCCACAGCCCUCCCCCCCCCCCCCGCCCCCCGCCGCCGCCUCCCCAGGGCGGGCGCUGGCAGCGGCGGCUGGGAGCCGGCCCCCGCCCGGGGGGAGCAGCGUGGGAAGGGGGUGCUCCCGCCAGUCGCGGCGACGGGGAGGGGGUUCUGAGUUUGUUUACUUGUGAUUCGCGGCUCUUCCUCUGGAUUCUCGCUCCGCUCCCGUAACGGCUCGGAGCGGGGCUUCGGCGGCGGUUCGGGGUCAACCCACAGCUUUUACCGAUGCUGUGUGGGGCAGCCGUCCAGUCCUGCAGCCAGGCCGGGGCCUGUUGCCCGCUGAAUUGGUAGUGGCCCCGCUGGCCGCCCGAGCACCGCGCCGUGCCUUCCCACAGCCCCAGCUGCCGCCAUCGCACGCCUCGGUGGGGAGGAGCUGCCUGGAGAUCCUGACAGUGAUGGUGUGAGUGGGACGGUUCCGAGGCUUCUGUGCUGGCAGUGUGAUGUUACCGGUGGAAGCCGGGAGGGGCUGUCUGCCCGUGGAGAUGGGCCCUGGAGCAUUUUUUCUCUGAAAACAUUGCUGCUAAAAAGCUCCAAACAGGACAAGUAAAUCCAGUCAGCUUGUCAGGUCACUGGCUCAGUGUAGAAGUGCUUUCAUGAGGUAACGUUGGGCCAAAGUCAACUUUUCCUUCUCCUUUGUAAAUCUGCAGCCAAGCAAUGGGCCAGAAAAUCUCAGGGAGCAUAAAGUCUGUGGAUGUGAGGGAGCCCCCUUAUAGACCUGUUAAACGAGAGCUGAGAGGCCCGGAUUUUUGCAAGCCGGCGCGACUGGACAUGCUGUUGGAUAUGCCCCCCGCCAAGCUGGAGGUCCAGUAUAAACAUGCUUGGAACAAUGAAGAUCGCUCCUUAAAUAUAUUUGUAAAGGAAGAUGAUAAACUCACUUUUCAUAGACACCCAGUUGCCCAAAGCACAGAUUGCAUCCGGGGCAAAGUUGGCUACACGAGAGGCCUGCAUGUCUGGCAAAUCCACUGGCCCACGCGGCAACGAGGAACUCAUGCUGUGGUGGGUGUCUCCACGGCCGAAGCUCCGCUGCACUCGGUGGGAUACACGUCGUUGGUUGGUAGCAACAGUGAAUCGUGGGGCUGGGAUCUGGGGCGCAACAAACUCUACCACAAUUGUAAAAACCAGCCUGGGGUCACGUAUCCUGUGUUUUUGGAACCAGAUGAGUCUUUUGUACUCCCAGACUCCUUACUGGUGGUUUUGGAUAUGGAUGAAGGGACGCUUAGCUUCAUGGUAGAUGGACAGUAUCUUGGAGUGGCCUUCAGGGGACUGAAAGGGAAAAAACUUUACCCCAUAGUCAGUGCGGUUUGGGGGCACUGUGAAAUUACAAUGAGAUACAUCAAUGGACUUGACCCGGAACCCCUGCCUUUAAUGGACUUGUGCCGAAGAUCAAUUCGUUUUGCUCUUGGCAGAGACCGCCUGCAUGACAUAGAAAUUCUACCUUUGCCUCUGUCUCUGAAAAAUUAUUUACAGUACCAAUAAGACAUCUAGAACCCUCUGGCCUCACAUUGGACUACAUCAAUGCAAAUGGCAGAAAAUUGUUUACAGCAAAAUAUAAAUCUUCGUGAUGGACACUUAAGUGUUAUUUAAUUUUUAAUAUAUAUUUUUUUCUGAACUAGUGAAAGCAGAUCACUGUGGGGGACUACUAAAGAAUGUGAAAACAUUGAUUUGAUCAAGAUUUGUGUAUUAUCUGUUGCCUGUUGUGUUUACAGUCCUGAAGGCCAUUAUUCUUCUCUCUCAUGUAUUGGUUUAUCUUUGUUGCCUCUGGUAAAUGCCAAUAGAAAAUCUGACCUGCAAGAUCCACUGUCAUGCAAUAAUGUGAUUUUUUUUUUUUUUUUUUUUCCCUUUCUCUCUCCGACAGCUCACCCCAAUAGAUAGAAACAAAUUAGCAAAGGAAAAAUCUUGAGAGUAACUUUAGAAAAAUAUUGAAACUUUGCCUUUGGUAUCCAGAGUUGUUGAGAGCUUUGAAUGUUCAGUGCUCAAUGUUAUCAGGCCUAUAACAUCUAAAUGUUCUACCAUUUAAAAAAGCAGAUUAUUGUCUAGAAGAAGAGUAUGUGAUUUAAAAACAUGAGAGGAAAAAAACCUGGUAUAGGUGUCAGAUCAAUUUUUGGACGUGGUAGCAGUAAGAUGCAGUCCAUUGUUUUCAAGACCAAAUCUAGUCCCUCUGAAGUUCUGCAGUUUAUAACAAAGUGUUCACUAUCCCAAGAAUUUAGGAUAUUCGUAUUUUAGGAAGCUUGUCACUUUUUUAUUUGAACAAAUUUAUAAUUUUUAUGUGGUAUGAACUCUUAAGUACUUGGUUCUCUUUUUAAUGUAUGUGUGGUUAUAAUGUUUAUUUAUCUGUUUAGAGUCUGUGGAGUUCUCAUUUAACUGUUUCCCAUCUUGGGGUGACUGAUUUUGUUUUCUUCCCCAGCUCCACCUGAAAUGUAUCAAUUUUUCAGUCUCAACCCAUUUUUAAGAUGCUGCUUUCUAUUUGCAUUUCUUACAUGUUUCAAGUUAUCUGCCUGAUCAGUUAUAUAGUUUUUAAACUGGAAGUUGUUGUUGUGGCAGGAUGUCAAAUGUUUAGACUGAGCUGCCUUCAGCAUAUUUUAAUGUGAAUUUACUGAUGAAUGAGGAGAAAAUUUCUAAUAAAGUCUACUGUCCAAAAUAAAA